AUGUCAAAUGAAACAGCGUCUAUGAGAGAAAUACAACACAACCGACAACUCAUUAUACAAGCUCUAAAUAAGAACACAACAAACUUUUCAAACUAUUCUAAGAUAUCUGAGUCAUUGAAAGAAGGAAACUUAAAACUGACUUUAAACCCAAUGACAGAUGAGUUUCUGUUUCAAGACAAUAAGAACCAUACUGUUUGUAUAAAUCCAACAAAAGGAACUUUAAACGAGAAACCUAUAAAAGAACUUCUUUUGAAAGCAGAUGUUGACAACAAAGCAGACAAAACAUAUGUAGACGAUGCAAUAGCAAAAGAAGAAGAAAGAGCUGACAAAGCUUAUGCAACAAAAGAACAUACUCAUCCUGAACUAGCAGACAAAACAUAUGUUGACAAUAAAAUGUCAAGUGAAGUGACAAGAGCUGAAAACGAAUAUUCUAAAAAGACUCAUAUACAUUCUAUAUCUGAAAUAACAGACUUACAAGAAACCUUAAACAGUAAAAGUGCCGUUGGACAUACACAUUCUAUAUCUGAAAUAACAGACUUAAACGUUAGCCUUGAAAAGAAAGCAGAUAAAACAUAUGUUAACGAUGAGUUAGCAUGUGUGGCUAGUAAGUUAGAGAAGAAAGCAGAUAAGGAAUAUGUGGAUGA